ACUUCAUCAGAUAUUAUGGUCGAAGCAGAUACCUGCUUAGGUAUCUCCUCACACAUCUAAGACGGCUUUGAAUACCUCGUCUUUUCCGAAUUCAUAGUGGAACAAUCAUAAGUCUCUUUCUACCAUCGUCGUGGGGUACCUUCGACAUCGCAACAUUCCAAAUAUGGUGUCACUUCCCAUCGUUAUCCUCCCUAUUCUCAUAUGCGUGAGGCGAUGUCGCGCACAACAAGAGGAGACCGAUAUGCCUGUACCAGCUGAUUUCCCGAAGGCUUUCAUCACGGCGAUGGCCGUUGCCAUCAUCUGCGUAGUCAUUGUCCUUACGCUAGUCUGUGUCCUGGCUCACUGUUGGCAAUACAUCUUGAGAUAUAAAUGGCGUGACGUGAAGUCCCCCUUCCGAACCCCUGAGAGAUGGGUCGACCCAGUUUUUGAGUGGCCGCAGCAGUUGAUGCCACGGUCAAGGAAUAACAGGAAGAGGCAAAGACAGAGACGGAGACAGAAGCAAAGACCGGUAGAGAAAAGAAUCUUUACUUUUGGGAUGAGAGACGAGAGGAGCGAAAGUCGAGAAGGGAUACUUGGGGAAUGGACACAGGAUGAGAGAGUAAAUAUGAGUCCGUGUGGGAACGCUCAGCCGAAAAACCCAGGCGGGAGGGUUACUUGUUACUUACCUGAGUUUAGGUAGGCGUGUAGUAACUUGAUAUACUACAAUGGACGAUGCGCUAUUGCUCUCGCUACUAUAAUUGAUAGGGGCGUAAAGUAGGUACCUAGCAGCCAAACCGAAUAAUCUAAUAUCGUUUGAGGCGAUGUUCCCGAGCUGAUUAUUGACAUUUCUUGAGAACGGUUAGCGCCUAGCACAUGAAAUGAGAGUGAGUGAUGUUUGACCGCCAACCAAACGUCUCACAAACUAGUUUC